AUGAAGCACACACUGGUGGCUGUGCUUUUCCUCAUGCAGGGCAUGAGUGCUCUGGGUGGGACAACAGCAGCAGCAGGAGUGACUGCUCAUCUCAGUACGAUGCUUCCAUAUCUGACCCAGCCUAGGGAUAUGAAUGGCGAAUCGCGCAGUUCCCCAGAGCUCUUUGCCAAUGUGUCCGGCUCUGUGAAUGAGGAGGGAACUUGUCAGUGCUCUGUGUACCUGCCAGAUACCACCUUUCCAGUGCAGAAGGUUGAGCAAUUGGAAAUCAUAAGCGCAACACUCACGCAGAAGUUUGAGGCAGAGCUUUCUAAAGUCAAGGAGUACUCACAAAAAAUUGAACUGUAUCAGCAGCAAAUCCUCAAUCUAACCAUCAGAGUGCAGCAAGUGGAGUCGGGUGGUGUAUCUUACACGGAACUGGACUUCCAGUUACUGAAAGUGGAAAUCAAUGACCUAGAGAGACUGGUCACUCAGCUGAAACCCAGCCUUAUUGGAAGCAGUGCCAUCGUUGAGCAAAUAUAUUUGGAGAUCACUAAUCUGACUAUACUGGUAAAUGAGCUAGAGUCACUGGACAAAAACAAUGUCCUUGCAAUUCGUCGACAAAUUGUGGCUCUGCAGAAUCGAUUGAAAGAAUGUGAAGAGAAUGCAACCAAAACUACACCACCCCCUUACUUCCCACCAGGUACCUGUGUUCACCGUGGACUGAUGAAUGUUAGCCAGCCUUAUGUUGCCAAGCUGAACUGGAGAGGAUUUUCCUACAAGUAUGGAUCCUGGGGUAGAGAUUACUAUCCCUCUAAUCCAGAGAAGGAAGUCUAUUGGGUUGCACCAUUGAACACUGAUGGGAGAUACUUGGAAUACUUCAGAAUUUAUAACUCCUUUGAUGAUUUGCUGCUGUUUAAGCACACAUAUGAAUGGAGAGUAACAUAUGGGGAAGGAAGUGGUGCUGCCCUUUAUAAAAAUCAUUUGUACUAUCAUAGUUAUGGUUCGAGAUAUUUGGUGAAGCACGAUAUAAAAACAAACAGAGAGGUUUUAAGGAAGGAGCUUCCAGGUGCUGCUGUUGGUAACCGCUUCUCUUAUGCAGGUGUAGCAUGGCAGGACAUAGAUUUUGCCGUGGAUGAAAGUGGGUUAUGGGUAAUAUAUUCAACUGAAAAUAAUGUGGGCAACAUUGUGAUUAGCAAGCUCAAUGAGACCACACUUGAUGUGCUAAAUACUUGGCAGACGAGACAGUACAAGCCAUCUGUUUCCAAUGCUUUCAUAUUAUGUGGUGUUCUUUAUGCCACAAGGCCAUUGAACACUAAGAAAGAGGAGAUCUUCUACAUGUAUGACACGAGGACUGGUGAAGAAGGUAGAAUUAGUAUCAUUAUGGAUAAAAAGUUAGAUAUAAUCCAGAGUAUUGAUUAUAGCCCCACAGAUCAGAAACUGUAUGUUUACAGUGAUGGUUACCUUGUAAGAUAUGAUGUGACUUUUCAACCUUAA